GUGGUCGGGAUGGAAAGCCCUCAGUGUGUGUUUUACUCUAUUCAGAAGCAGACAAGGGCCGUGCAGACGCUUUAACUACUGAAGGACGUGACUUCGAGGGUGCAGUAUCCAACGGGAGCUCUCGUGGCGAACUGGAAGAAGUCGCUGCGUUCUGUGAAAUGGCCACAGGCUGUCGAAAGGAGCUGCUGUAUUCUCAUUUUGGCUUCCGCUUUGAUCCCUCUCAUUGUGUCAAGAAUUGCAACUGCGGUGAACCUCUUGAUGCUGAUAGUGAGUUUUGGCAAGAAGAGAUUGGCUGUGAACAUGACUCCAACGUGAACAAGUUAGACGAGGAGGAUGGCAUUUCUAGGGGUAUUAUUGAGUACCAGUACCAGAAAAUCUUAACUGAGUCCAAGCGGUUGAAGCUUCCGAAGCGAGAAGCUCUAUCACGUCGUCUUGUACGGGUAAGGUCGAGGUUUUACGCUGUGGAUUUGUGCUGUUAUAACGUGAAAACUGUCUGUUGUAGGAUAUUCUUGAGACUGCACCGGUAUCAGAAGAAGAGAUGGCAGGCAUGCGAGGUGUCGGGCCUGCAAAAGCUUCGAGAUAUUUUCGCUUAUUUCGCUUCGACUGAGUGACAAGCAGGAGGUUCUCUUUUGUUGGAACCCUCACGCGCGAACUGCGUGCUGGAUGGGAGUUAGAAUUCUCUUGGCCUUCGACACAUUUCUGUAAUCUUGCCAAAUGACAAAAGUCCGACAGGGGCAGCCAGAAUGAGGCACAAAAUUUAGUAAUACGACCUAAAAUCCAUCCCAAUUAUUCGGGUUUUAAUCCACAUACCAGGUACCAUGGUAGUACCUUUGGUACAUGUAUUGCAAGCCAA